AUGCAGAGAAAUUACGAAACAUUGGCACAUCAUAAUCGAAUGAUAUGCAAUUUCGACAGUUCGUCCCAAGAAAAUUUAUGUCAGGAUGAUUGUGAAAAUUCCAUAUCUAAUUUAAAUGGUCUUAAUAAUUAUUCAUCAAAAUUAUGUAAAGCAUAUUAUAAUGGCAGUAUUAUUAAACGAGAUUCUAGUGACAUUAAAACGAUUUAUGAUUAUUAUCAAAAUAAUUUGUUGAAAGACGAAGUACUUGAUCAAUUUUCUUCUACUGUCGAUAGAUAUGGCUUUGUAGAUUUAGAAGGUGACAAAUCAAAACCACAAGAUACAAAAUAUUUGAAAAAAGAUGCAAACCGUUCAGUUAAAUGGGCAUCAUGGUUGUCUCGUAAUAAAUAUGUAAUACAUUCUGGAAAUUUUGGUAGUUCUUUAUUUGAAUUUCCUUGGAAUUCGAAAUUUAUUAAUAGAAUUAGUAAAGGAAUACCUAAUUCUUGGAGAAAUCCUGUUUGGUAUUUUUUAGUUACCAAAGGAUGUUCUGAAACUGAGUUUGACGAUGAUUUAAUUAUAACUUAUAAAUCAUUAUUAAAAUUGUCAUCAACACAUGAAAGACAAAUUGACUUGGAUAUCCCGAGAACAUUGCAUAAACAUAUAAUGUUUCGUACAAGAUAUGGUUCAGGUCAGAGAGCUUUAUUUAAUAUAUUAAGAGCUUUUGCAAAUUAUGAUAAACAAGUCGGUUACUGCCAAGGAAUGGCUAAUGUUGGCACUAUACUAUUAAUGUAUUACCCUGAGGAGCAAUUAUAUUAG